AUAUAUUGUGAUCACUGCGAAGUAUUCACGAACAGCAAAGGAGCAGGCAGUCACAUUUGCGGGGUAUUCCCGAAGGAAUAAACACACAAAAGGGGAUUAUAUUUGUACUCGUGCUUUUCACAAUCAUGUCAACAGCAUUGGUUUCAGCGUUUUACGAAAUGGACGAUGUUCUCCUGAAGAAUAAGUUAAUGUCACUCGAAUUGAAAACACGAGGGGAUAGAAGGAUAGUUGGUGCUCUACCAAGAAGACACUCCACCAACGGUGUUCGACAAACUCCGACGAACUUAAUAACACUGAGCGAUCCCAUGAUAGUUAACAGGCCAACGAGAGAUCGUGCUUUUAGUGCUAUUUCUUCGGCGGAAGAAGAACGACGAAGGAAUAACAUCGCGAAUUCGAGUCGAUACAAAACCGAGUUGUGCAGACCCUUUGAGGAAAACGGAACAUGUAAAUACGGAGACAAAUGCCAGUUUGCUCACGGCCUUCACGAACUUAGACAGCUAACUCGGCAUCCAAAAUAUAAAACAGAACUAUGCAGAACAUUUCAUACCAUUGGCUUCUGCCCGUACGGACCACGCUGCCAUUUCAUUCACAAUGCCGAGGAGAAACGCAUACCUUUGGAAAGGAGUCAAAGUGUAAAUACACCUUUGUCUCCCAUUUCAACAGGCAGUCCGCCGUCGCCCGUAUUCGAGUCGCCAUUAUCUCUUUCUCCUUCGACGCCGUUUUUAGAUGAUAGUCCAUUGGGAAGCCCACUGCCGUUGCAAGUCGCUGGCUCGCCACCGUCAAACAAUGUGAGUACUGUUUUCACUUUUCCUUCGGCUCCGCGCGCUGAGUUCGUUGUUUCAAAUCCGAUUCAAAUUCGCUCGCCGAGCUAUAUGGAUGCGAAGCAAAUGAAAUAUCGUUCCGAUGCCUUCCCUGAUUCAAGUUCAAGCGAUGAAAUGUCUUCUGGUUCUCCGGGGUCUGACGGAUCCGACCAAGGCUUAAACAGCCCGCUACGACGCUUACCCGUAUUCAACAACAUAACACACUAAAGUUCAAACGAACACGAAGGCUUCAAACAAACAUCAAUUUUUGAAGCCACAGCGACGGCCAAAGAACUGCAAUAGUUUUGCGAAUAGUGCUUCCUCACCUAUGCUUUCAUUUAUUUGUAAAUUGACUAAAGUAUUAAGCCUAAGUUUAUUCUAAUUUAUCGUUAAAAUUAUUUGCCGUAUAUAUUAUAGGCUAGAAAAGAUUUGAGUCAUUUUAAUAUUCAUAAACGUAUAUGUUUAUGCUCUAUUUUAUUGUAAUCAAAUCCAUCAGAAGUUCAGUCGGCUCGCGAUGAUUCAUAUAUUUUCCCUAACUUAAUCCUUAUUGACAUUGUCAGAAAGAUUUAUACAUAUAUUCGUU